AUGGACAGCGAUCUCGAAUGGUAUUUUGGUUGGCUAGCAGAAGAACUCAAGAAUAAAAAGGAACAUUGUGAAAGAACUGUCAUUUAUUGCCAAACGAUUAAGCAGUGUGGCAUUAUUUAUGGAGUUCUGAAAGGAAUGCUGGGACAAGAUCUAAUUAUACGUACUGACACAGGAGAGCAACAUCCAUUAUUAGAAAUGCUGCACUCGUGCACACCAGAUCAAAAUAAGAAUAACAUCAUUUCUUCAUUUCAAAGUGAAAAGGGAACAGUACGCUUGCUAGUUGCAACUAUUGCGUUUGGCAUGGAUGUAGACUGCAAAGGGGUAUGCAGAGUGAUCCACUAUGGUCCAUCAAAAAAUGUUGAGACCUUUGUUCAAGAAACAGGAAGGGCAGGACGAGAUGGCAGCCAAAGUACAUCAUACCUUUUGUACCAGGGAAUGCUUUUGAAUCAUGUUGAUGGGGACAUCAAAUGUUUUAUCCGAAAUACUAAAUGCACAAGAAAAACACUUUUAAAUUAUUUCCAAAGUGACUGUGAAAAACCAGAUAUUGCUCAUCUGUCCAUCUUGCUGUUGCCAACUGCCAGACUGCAAAACGCAUGCAAAAUAUCCAAUGCCCAAAGAGGAAGAAAAGACACCAAAGUUUUAUCAAUCGAGAGAAGUACAGAUGCAUCAAAGACAACUAGUGGAAGAACAGCUGAUUAG